UAUUAACUAUUGGCAACAAGAUAGUGUAAUAUAAGACAUAAAUAAAUAAAACUAGUGAUCUAGGCUAGGUGUGGAUUGAGAUGGUAGAUUUUGGAUUAUUAAAUUUCCCUCUUAAAAGUCGAGUGGUAGCAAGCGCAAGCGUAGUAGUAGAGCGUUUGCGUGCAGAUAACUGGUGUAAAUAUGGCGUCGCAGGAGGAAGAUAACAAACUUGAGUGUAUUUCAAAUGUAAACAAAGAGCAAGAAAGAUACUUCUUAAAUGUUUAUAAGAAACACGAAUACAUUUUAAAUAACAAGAAUGAGUCGUUUGAAAACAAAGUAGAGUCACUGAUCGAUGUGUGGCAAAGUGUGGGAGAAUUGAAUCUGUCCAAGUUCGAUAUUCGCCAUGUCAUUCAAAUUAUGGAUUGGGCUAAGUUGCAUGCUCUGAAUAUCGUACUUACGGCUGAGUGGAAUGCUUACAAAGCGACUCAUCAAUCAAAACUUCUACAAGAAAUUGAGAAAGCCCAAACUGAGCUGCUAAAACUCAACAGUGGAUUUGCAACCAGAUGUAAAAAGUUAGCUGAUGUUGUAAAGAAUCCUUGGGAGGAUGGAGUUCUUAUGAAGCUUAUGAAAACUAAGGAUGCAAAAAUUGGACCAGAAGAGAUUGAAUUCUUUUGUGUGGAAACUGCAUAUGUCGUCUCUGUCCGCUUGAAAAAGUUGUGCGAGUCUCAAUGUGAAGAUUUAGCAUUGAAUUUAGUAACAGCAUUCAUGAAUUGUAAUAAACUCUCAAAAAAUCAAAACUUCAGUCUGAAUGCGACGGAGACUCAAAUGUGGUUUAUUUUUGAUAUAUACAUUGCUUUGCUGUAUAAAUUUCAGGAGAAACAAAAAAUUGUUGUAUUGUUGAAAGAAUUGUCUUUUGAAGAAGGUUUGCAAUUAGUGAAGCGUUUUGCCAAGAAACGAGUAAAAAUAUCGAAAAUAUGGAAGAACUGUCACCGAGUUGCUAUAUUAGCUACACAAAUGUAUAUAUCUCAAGCUGUAGUGAAAUACUCCGAAGAUCUUAGAGGAAUUUUAGAAAGCUAUAUUGAAAUGUAUAUAUCAAUGUGCAACACCGACAGUCUCCUUCACGAUUUCCCUGAUUCUAUAAGACGUAUUAGCAAUCUUGCUGAUGCUGCUGGACUAUAUGUUUUCUGUGAUGUUAUUCAGCGAAAAGCUAUUACUCUGAAGACUUUCAUUAUUGAAAUGUACAUUAGAGCCUUAACAACCGAUAUGAAUGAUUUGGAACGUCAGAAAGAUGCAGAUGAAAAGGAAAAAGUGGCAGCUAUAACUUCUAGAUUGGCCGCAGCAUUUUGUAACUUAGCCGAUUUCUUAGAUGAGCACGUGAAAGUAGCAAGAGAAUGUGUUUUGACAGCUUUUAGCUUAGAACCAACAAAAGAACGGUUAAGAAAUAUAGAAGAACUAGCCAGGAGAAGUGGAUUUCAAGUCUUGGAUACAGGUCAAGAAUGGAAAUGCAAGCUCCAUCCUCCAGUUUUGCCUUCGGAUGAUAUCGCGUGGAUUUGCCCUGAGUGUGGAGACUGGAUGUGCAAGCCACAGUUGAAUAUACCCUUAAAAAUUAACAUGGCACUUAAUGAAGCAUUACAGAACUCCGUUUUAGGAAUUUCUGAGGCUUUAUGUGAUGACCUAGUUGUAUGUUUAUCGAAUCCAAGGUACCAGAUACUAAGUUGGUUUCUCCCAUGGGAUGAUUUACAUAGGCUUUGUAUUAUGUAUUUGCAAGAUCCUCAGACAACUAAAAACUUUGUUACGGAGUUGAAGUUUGUCGAUAUUGACUAUUCCAUUUUCAAAGGUAUAAAAAGGGAACCUCUGGAUGAGCUAGCUGGUAUCGAACGAGGUUAUGAACAGUAUUUGGAUCAAGAUUUUGUUUCUGAUGCAGAAUCAAGUACUGUUAGUGAAGAUUCUAUGUCACAGGAUUCCAGACCAUAUAGUUUAGGUAGUGAUGGAGCUGGUGAAGGCCCUUACUUGCCACUUCCCCCUCAACCUAAAUCUGAUCCAAAUACGCUUAAAAGUCUUCGGAUGUUUCGACCUAAUCUUAAAAGAUCAAGAAAUGCGGGACCUGGUGAUAACCGUCCGGAGAAAUUACACAAAACAGAUGGUAAUGCUGUUAAUACAACUCACCCCACUGCUUCGAAUACCAGAGACAAAAAGAUCAGCUUAAGCAAUUAUUUAAAUGGAAUCACAGGUCCACCACAAGUACCAAUAUCUGAUGAUCCAAAUAAUCAAAUGUCUCAGUCAAAAAACGUAAAGGCUGCCACAUUGCCUCCACUUGGUGGGCAAGUGGCGAAGAAAGAAACCAACCUAAUCCAAGUAAAACUCCAACCUCAAGAUCUAUUUCGCAAGAUGGAAAAAACGUACCCGACUUUCAAAAACCUAGUGGAUCAGGCACUCAAACCCUACAAUCAGUCAACCAAUACCAUAUCGGAAACAACAAAACGGGAUCUGAUGCUCAAAUUGUUAAGCAGGCACUCACUCAAUGGUUCCAAAGAAAACAACAAUUACAAGCACUUAAACGCAAGCAGUUUGGAGAAAGCUCUGGAUCCUACAACCCAGAACGAAUCCCUCGGCAGAAACUUGAUGAAAACCAGCAAAGAAGUCAAAACACAGGAAUCAGUCAACUCACAGACAUGUCAAACUGCUCCCAGCCCCAAUCACACUUUAGAGAAAAUAUCAAAGAUCCCAGAUAUGGAUCAGUUAAAAAUCAAAUUGCACAAACUGAAUCAUCAGCAAACCAAAUGGAGUUCACAGGUCAAUGUAGACCAACAGCGUCCCAAUUGUACGAAUGUGGCAACCAAUACACCACGUCCUUUCUUAAAAUGUCGGAAAAAUCUGUAUUAUCACAACAGUCGACAAACAAAUUCAAACCACAAACAGGACAAAACUCAAUCCAUAACAACUACCAAACGGGACAGCUUGCAAAAUUACUCUCUUCAGAACUCGCAAAAUGUGGAUCAUAUCCUAAGUCCGGACAAGGAGGUAGCUCCUCAUCCAUCCUUAAGUCAAGCAAAACAACAAAACAAAAAUCUGAACAAAACUUCAAACAACAACCACUUGCUAAACGAAGUAUAUCUCCAAAAGGACAAACCUCAAGUAGUUUUGGAGAAAUUGCGCUUACCCAAUAUUCAGAAUAUGGACAUAGACAAAACACUAGUAGUGCCUCUCACAUGGAAAUUGAUGAGCAGUUUAGCGCCUUCCUGCAUCAAGAACGACUUCGAGCCGAUAAAGAAAGAAACUUGUCUGCCGCUUUGCAAAACAUCAUGCAACAGCUCGAACGACAUAGACAGCAAGGAAUCGGGUCAGAAGACGAAAAAUCAAGUGAAAAUAUCAAUACCAGUGCAGGAAGCUGUAAACAAUGAAGAUAGUGAUAAAAGGUGCAAUAAUAUUGGGAAAAAUGUGCAAAAAGAGGAUUGUGUUGAAAAGUCUGAGCUAGUUGUUUCUAAAAUGAUUGCUCACGAGAAGUCGACGUCCAAGAAUUUUUUGGGAAUAAUUGAUAAUGGGAUUUUUUCUGAUUUGGCUGAUAAAUCUGAGGAAACGUUUUUUCAAAAUAAUAAUGAUUACUCGAGUUUAACAAAGAAUAUGAUGAAAUUUGAAGACAUCCCAGAAGACGAAUUACCAAAGAAUAUUAAUUUGACUGAAAACAUUAGGACUUACACGAAAAAGUCUACAAAAAGGCUACCUGUAGUAAAUGAAGACUGUGUUAAUCUUCCCAAGAGGAAAGAUAAAUUAGACUUUUGUAGAAAUGUAAAUAUUAGUAGUAGUAAUAAUAGAGAUAAGAAACCACAUUCCAAUGUACAAAAGCCCCAGACCAACUGUAAAGAAUUAAAAAUUGUUUUGUAUCGUCUCCCCUCGAACUUGAUUGAAACUGGAAAGUUUGCUGCUGAGGGAGAGUAUCCAAGUGUCAAACGAAAAUGUGAUAGAGGAAAAACUCCUCCAAAAAAUGGCAGAAGACGUAAGAGUAUGGAUAAGUCUGACAACAAACAUGAUACUGCACCAAAUCGAGUACAAAAUUAUAAUCUUUCGCCUCUUCAAGAUAUUAAUUCAAGGGUAAUUCCCAAGGAAAAUUCUAAAUCCUGCUGUGAUGUUAUAAACAAAGUAAAGUCCACUGAGGAGAUCAAGCUUCCUCAAGUUCUACUCGAAAGAAUCCACCUCGAUAAUAAGAAUUAUGCCAGAUCUGUAUUAGCAAAUGUUCCCGGUCUAAAUGAUUACCAAAUGAUCAGACCCACUAAUGUCAACCAUAUAGUUAAUGUUGUCCAAGUCUCGGGAGGAAGAUCAUCACAGAAUGUUCCGAUGCAAACAACACAAACUAGUACACAAGUCAGCCCUCACAUUCAGCGAAUCGGCCAACCUCGUGUCGCAGAUCAGAAACCAGAGCAUUCUAGUUCUAUACCAUCUACUACUACUUUUACAACUACUACUACAACUGCUAAGACUACAACCACACAGCCUUCAACACUUAUCAACAUACUUUCUCAGCAAAUUAUUCGGCCAGUGACGGCCCAGAGCAAUGCUGUGAGGAGACAAGCUCCACUUAUCAAUAUUUUAUCACAGCAAAUUAUAAGGCCGUCUCAAAUGCAGAAAACGACAACUAAUACCACCAUUCCCACAACUGACAGCAACCAGGUAAAACCCAUACUAACAAGUGAACAAGCUGUCAACAGUCAAGUCAAUAAUGUUCUUAAAAAUGCCAAUACUGAGCUAAAAACUGGCACCCCAGUAACGAGUGCUCAAGGUGGCACAAUUGUGCAAUUUAUUUGCAAAUCAGCCUUACCAAAGUUUCAACAAGCAUUUGGAAAAACUGUUUAUCAGAAUAACAGUGAAUCAUCUACAACUACCACAAGCACCGUCGAAUCGUCUACUGUAACAGUAGACAGUAAAAAGAAUAUAACAACAAAAACUGUACCAGUAAAUGUACAACCAAUUCAAGGAAGUGUUAUAUACAGUAGGCAAAUGCCCGUGGGGCAAACUAUAAGUCUAAUACCUCCAGGUGGCACUACUCGUCAAGUGUUCCGUAUAGCAACUUCAAACUCUGACCAGAUCAGCUUGGUUAAAGACAGUGUCAUUCACAGCAAAAUGAGUGCAUUGCUAGCAGCUGCCUUACAGGGUCGACAAAAAAGUUCUGAAGAACCAACCUCUGGCGAUGAAAAAGUAACCCUCGCCCGCCCGACGCUUGUGCAAAAUGCUCGAAUUGUAAAACCGGUGCAGUUGCAAAUACCUACGAAUGUUGUACGUGCGCCUAACAGUAAUUUAAGCUCUACAACUUUAGAACAGUUAAGGGAAUUCGACAUGGUUUACAAGCAGAUAAAAGAACGUAGUAGUAGUACGACUCCAGCAGAAACAAGUAAUAGCCCACCAGAGAGCCAAGAAGUUACACAGCAGCGAAUCAGUGUCACUUACGUCAAUCAGUUACAGAAAUACACUCAGUUGUCGCCAGUUGUCGUUGUGAGCAGUUACAGCAAUCUCCAACCUGCUGCUUCGCCAGCUCUUAGUGUUACUUCCCAGGGAAGUUCGAGUCCUUGCGUCACGCCAGCACCGACACCCACUUUACCUAAAAUAGCUACGAAAAGUUCGAAAGGAAAGACUUUGAAGAGUACUACAACUAACAGCACGACUAAGUCAUCGCCAAUACCAAAACCUCAACAGAAGCCACAAGAAGACGAACAUACAACCCAGAGGAUUUUUGAUAUCUUAGCGGAGUAUGCGGAGCAGUUACGUAAUUCGCCAGAUUUGAAUAACAAACCAGCGCCAAGGCGUAGAUCGAACCCUCCUACUAAUCCUAGUCAAAACUCCAAACGUAAGAAAUCUUCAACCAGCGCUAAGAAGUCUGGGCAGUCGAGUAGCACUAUAGAAAUUGACGCAGAUGAUAUUACGGUAGGCAGCGAGGAUAGCUCCGGAGGUGGCAUCGUUCAACUGUCAGUGACUGAUGACGAGCAGUCACAAGCAGCAACAGUUAACACGCCUGAGUCUACAGAAAAUUCUAGCCCAUCUAGCUCAAGACAACUUAUUUUGACGGAUGGUAAUGCUUGCGGAAAUCAAUCCAGGAAUCUUAUCAUUGCGGAUUCAAGUGUUGGGGAGGCACUGAAAAUGCCCAAUACUGCUGUUAUCGUGCCUGGCAGUUAUAUCAUGCCUGUUUCCAUGGUCAAAGGUGGCCAGCAAAUUGCUGUGGUGUCAGGCGGCAGUAAAAUCCUGGCAACAGUUCCUGCUAGGUCUGGUCAGAAUAUGUUAUUAUUCCAAAGCUUUACAAACCAAAACCGAAAAGGUGCUAUAUCCGCAGUUAAAUAUUCCACCAUUCAACCGAUAUCUGGAAUAUCAUCUCAAAGUUUGGCAGGAGUUAGUGCACAGCCACCGGUAAUCUUACCAUCGAACUCUGUCGCAACGGCCGUAGCGCUUGGUCAACCGUUGACACUGAAGAAAUUGAAUGAUGAUAGAGAUAGUAACGAGUUAUUGCUGACCAUUUCACAUCCUAAGGCUGAUAGCAAAAAUCCAAAUGAGUUGCAGCAACCAGAUAGUAGCACUAGUGUAUCUAGUGACAGCACUGAUAUUAAGAUAGAGGAAACAGCUUUGCAGUCGGAUAGUUCAAAUGAGAAAAUUUUCCAGACGUUUCAGAAGUCUGUUAUCACUAAUUCUGUCGCCACCUCCGUUAUUGCCACCACUUCCACAUCUGGCAUUAAGGAAGAUGUGAAUACCUCUCAAAAUAUAAUUAAUAUGACUUUGACUUCAGACAAUAAAGCUGAAUCUAAGUCGACCGAAAGAAUGCAGUCUGUUCUGGUGACCGCUUGUUCCUCAAAUGGACCCAUGUUGUCACAUACUACUCCCAGAUAUAGGAAACCUUCCGAAACUGUUAGAACAAAUAAUAACGACCUGCCAAAUAAGGAGGAAUUUUUACAUAAUGGAGAAAAGACAAGCAGUAAUGAACAAAAGACCUUCCGAGGCCAUGUGACUUAUUACACAAACAAAGCAAAGAAAAUAUAUGCCGAUUCUCAAAAAAUUGACAGUGAAAUGCAAAAACAAGCCGCAAUGGAAAGAGAGCUGCGUUUACAGAAGUCCCUGUCGGAAGAAUGUGAGGACUUGGGUGUAGAUGAACCCAGCACUAGCGAUUUAUUUCCAGAAGCUGAUUUACUGUUCGAUUCGAAUCACUCGCCAUCGUUUGAUCAAUCGUCUCAAGAUAUUAUAAAACGUACACCCCACAGCAGUGAAAUAAAGGAGGAGGUGAAGGCGGCUAUGAAUUUAUUCAGUGAUGAUGAGAAUUCCAGUUCUCUUAGAACGGAUUUAUUUGAAUAUGUUGAAUACCAAACGGUUGAGACGGAAUUAGACUACCAAACAUCGUCGGGAUGUGAAGAUAAUACACUAUUAGCAAAAUGUGCGACGAUGUCUGAAGUAACACUGAACUCGCCUAUUUCACCGGAACUGUACACAGAAACAAGUUUGAACAAAUAUAAAUUCAAGUAUAGCAAUAGGAAAAAAGGAGAACGAGUAAAAUCCAACGAUUUUGGAGGAGAAGUAGUUUCCAGCUCCGAAGAUACCAUCGGUAGCACGGAAUUGGGAAAAAUGAACUGCGACGAUGACAGUUUCAAAGUGGUGCAUGUGGCUAUAACAAAAACAGAUAUAGUGAAAGAAGAGGACAAGUGCGAGCUGCACUGCGAAGAAGAUCUAGAUUCGUCGAGUGGAAGAGGAGCACGAAGGAGUGUUAGGAAGCUCUGCUCCUGCUGCAACGGAUCACAAGAUGGUAAUAUAUCGAGGAAACGACCUCAUUCUUCCAGGCCGCAAACACCGGCAUCUCCGCACAAGAAGGCCUUUCUUAAUAAAAAAAGAUAGUGCACCAUUGUACAUUUUAGCAAGUUCUAAUUGUUGUUUAUAAUUUUUUGUUGGUUGACUUAGAAAGUUGGAAAGUGGUCGCUGGUCACACUUUAGUACAAAUUAUUGUAUUGACAGCCGGUGUUUAGUGUCUGAGAGACUUCAUUACUUGUAUAGUAAUUGCUACGUUUGCAAUCUUUUAGUACCUCUAAUUGUAAAUUCUCCUCGUAUAUGUAAAAUAUUUAAAUUAUAUGUGCAGUUUGUCGUUGUAUAUAUUUAAUUUAAUAGAUAAUUUAUCACAGACAGGCUCUAUUACCUGUCUAAAAAACCAUAUUGCUCUUGGAUAUUGGAAUGCAAUAAGUUACUCAUACAGUGUGUUAACUUUUAUUAUGCAAAUAGCAAUGUAAAUUUUCUACUUUUAUUUAGGGUAGAUAUAUUCAAACCACACCACAUUUUACAUUUCACAAUUUAUUUUACAGCAGUUCCAGAUAUUUCAAUUUGCCUUAUUUUUUACUUUCAGGUAUAUAAUGUAAAUGACCUAGAGGAACACCAUUAUCUGUUGAAGAAUAAUUAAUUUAAAUAAAUCACCAAAAUGAACUUAAACAAAAAUUAGAUAUGAUCGUUUGACAAGGCUUGGUUUGUAAAAUAAUUAAUUUUAAUAAUCAAUAAAACAAAAAAAUAUAUAAAUGCAGUGUCGGUUUGAACUGUAUUACUCUUUGCUGUUACUAGUUUUUACCCUUGUGUGCGUUAGUUUCCAUUUUUGUGUUUUAUAAAAAUUACGUUUGUUACUUUUCAAAAAAGUAUAGUCGCAUUCAUUUUAGCUCCUGUUAAUUGACUUUUGAAUUACAUAACAUUUUAUACAGAGCGUUACUCUAUGGACAAGCCUUAGUUCUAACUCUGGGAAAAUUUGUUGCCAUGAUUUGAGUGAUUUUAUCUGAAAUACAGGGUGUAUCAUAAUUAAUAGCACAAAUUAAAACAGCUGUAAGUACAAUGCAUAUACUUGAAGCAAAAAAGCCUUAGUAAACAUGGGUCUACAAACACACCGUUUUUAAAAUACAGGGUGUCGAUAAAAUAACAAUUUUUUUCAGUUUUUUGACGAUACAGAACUCAAAUUAACAUUAGCUACUUUGGAGCAUUAAUUCAAAUUUUAUUAUUGCAUUACUAUAGGAGAAGGUCAUUUUCAACAUAAACGUAUGCGAGGGGUCAAAUUCCGUGGCUAUAAUAAAUUUAUAAAUUAAAAAAAUACAACCGUUCAUGUUAGAGUUUUUGACGGUGAAUAUCUUGUUUGUAUAGAAAACAUUAGCAGUUUAAAAUAUGGUUUCAAAAUGCCAAUUUUUCCCAGUCGGAAAAAUUAGGGGCAAACGAACUUUGCCCAAUCCUAAAAUCUCCGCCACUGUCAGAUGAAUGUGUGAGUGUGUGUUUUGAAAUGGCACUGGUUCAUCACCAAAUAACCAGCCUUUAAUCAGAUGAAUAAAAAUUGAAUUAGUGCUCAAAAGUAGCUAAUGUUAAUGAUAAUACGUUUAUAAAAUUUGAGUUCUGUAUCUCAAAGUUCCUGAUAUAUUAAAAAACUGAAAGAAAUUAAUUUUUUUAUCACUCUAUAUGUCGAAAACGGUGCAUACUGUAUUUGCGGACCUAUGUUUACUAAGACAUUUUUGCUUUUAGUAUCGUGUACUUACAGCUGUUUCAAUUUGUAUUAUUAAUUAUGAUGCAUCCUGUAUACAGCUUUGUCUUAACCCAUAUUUUAUAGACAGACGAAUAGUAAUAUCAGUAAAUAAGGGCGCCUUUCUUGUACACAGGGUCGGAAAGUCCCCAUGGUUCAUCAGCCGUUACGUGAGAGCAAUAAAGAAAGUCA